AUGGGUAUCUUUUUUAGAAUUGUCUUAUGGACUUUCAGCAUCUCACUUAUACUCCUUAUCAUUUCUGCAACAUUACUAGGAAAAGCAGCACAAAUGGAUGAGUAUAUUGGUUAUCCUUAUAUUAUUUCUUUACCUGUUUAUCCAAAAGCAGAUGAUCCAUAUGGAAAGUUAUAUCUAAUGCCAGAAAAAUCGAUCUCACAACUAUAUAAUCAACAAUUCUCUACAAUCGCAGAUAUUGAAAUUUCCGAUACACAAAACUAUCUUUCCUUUUAUCUUCUACACAAUUUAUAUAGCUACGAUUUCCACUUAGCAGUUUCCAGCCUUAAAGGCACAAACUUGUUUGAAAAUUCUUACAAACAAAACAUGGACAUCACUAAUCCAGAAAUACCAAAUGUAACUAUGAAGCAAUUAUCGAAAUAUCAAAUAUUUAAAUACGGAGAUGAUCUUGUUCAAAUUCUUUGUCCUUAUCAAACUCAAAUCACAGAUAAAGCUUUUCUUUCAGACUUUUGUAAUUCAACACCACAAUAUACAUCAAUAAAUCCAAACCUUUCUUCGCCAGUUCUCUUCAAUCAGGAGGAUUAUCCAUAUUGUAAGUCAGGAUUCCGUUUGAACUUUACAAAUUUCACUGGAUUACCAGUUGAUUAUGUGAAGACACCUCAAGUAUACUUAGCUGGACUUUCAAAAACUUCAAAACAAAAAACUUUGAUUAUUUCAGGGCCUUUAUUAGGUAUCUCAUUGUUUUUCUUAAUUUUGAGUGGAGCAUUUGUUCUGUAUGAGAUAUAUUAUGAUUUAGCAUAUGGAAAUAACUAA